AGCCGAGGCACUGAGUGAGUGAGUGAGGCGCACGGAGAUUAAGAAAAACAUAAAGUAGACAGAAGGACAUGUGACACUGAACACUUUACAGGAACCUGCACAGUCACAUUUCUACUUUAUAUGGGAGGCAGGAAACAAGACAACUACCUGUGGAGAUGGGAAGCACAACCCCCCCAGUGUACCUCAACGGGAGUGUCGAGAUGAUCAACUCGUCUUCAGACCCUGCUAAGCAUGAGGAGGGUUUCAGUGAGGCAAUAAUGAUCCUGCUGGGCAUGAUCAUGUCCUUACUAGUCCUGUGCAUUGUCUUUGGCAACAUCCUGGUCAUUACUGCAAUUGCCCGUUUCCAGCGUCUCCAAAAUGUCACCAACUGUUUCAUCAUAUCCCUGGCCUGCGCCGACUUGGUCAUGGGUCUCAUUGUGGUUCCUUUUGGUGCCUGUUACAUCAUAUUUAAGACCUGGCAUUUUGGUAGCUUCUGGUGUGAGUUCUGGACCGCGACAGAUGUGCUCUGUGUGACCGCAAGCAUCGAGACUUUGUGUGUCAUAGCCAUAGACCGUUAUUUGGCCAUCACCUCUCCUUUCCGCUACCAGUCGAUGCUGACCAAGUGCAAGGCUCGCAUUGUGGUUGUGCUGGUGUGGGUGAUUGCCGCUUUAAUCUCUUUCCUGCCCAUCCACAUGGAGUGGUGGAUAUCAAAUGAUGUGGAAGCUGAGAACUGCACUAAGAACGUUUACUGCUGUGAGUUCUACACCAACAUGGCUUAUGCCAUCACCUCCUCUAUCAUCUCUUUCUACAUCCCUUUGGUCAUCAUGGUUUUUGUCUACAGCCGUGUUUUCCAGGAGGCCAGGCGCCAGCUAAAGAAGAUUGACCAAAGUGUUGGACGUUUUCACAACAGCGACAACAGCGCCCUCAAAUCUCUUGAGGCCAAUAAUGGGCGUGCCCACAAGAAGGCUAAGUUUUGCCUGCGGGAACACAAGGCCCUAAAGACACUGGGCAUCAUCAUGGGGAUCUUCACUCUGUGCUGGCUGCCCUUCUUUCUGCUCAAUGUGGUGGUGGCCAUAUGGAAGGUGGAGGGCAUUGACCUCACCUUCAGGAUACUCAACUGGAUAGGUUACGCAAACUCUGCCUUCAAUCCGCUCAUUUACUGCCGGAGUCCUGAGUUCAGGUAUGCUUUCAAGGAAAUCCUCUGCAUGAAAAGGAACCGGCUCAGCAACCCGGCGCCCGUGAAUGGAUACAUCUACAGCAGGCACAGCUGGCACAGCGAGCAACAAGGAAGGAGUAAGGGCAGCUCAGAAGACAGUGAAGCCAAUGAGGGGUGUGUGGGGAAAGUAGCGGGGGUCUGCCAUGUUAUGGACAGAGCAGUGGACCCUAACGGGAAUUGCAACAAAGGCCUAACGACUGUUACAACUGCCCUUUAAACCUGGAUCCCUGAGACUUCUGUCAACAGGGCAAUCCAGACAUGUUUACACUUUCAUAAACUUUUUUCCAAUUGACUAAUGAAGGUAAGGCCAGGCGAACUGACUGGCAGAGUGUCUGGAGACUGCUUAAAAGAAACUGUCAUGAUCAUGUUCGGCUGUGUUUACACUUCAAACACAGUGAAUAGAUACUGUAGGUAGAUCACUUUUCCUUUUGUGGUAUCGUAUUGAUUUUACGUCUACCUCAUCACAUCACAUCAUUUUAAUUUCUUUCUUAACUGACUAAACUAUUUCCCACAACUCACUGUCCACAGGACUUACACUAGGGCAGUAUCUCAGCUGUUUAUUUACUCGGCUAAAUGGUCUGCGGAUUAUAUAAUUGCUAAUUAUCUGGCUCCAAUUUAAUGUCUGGGCAUGGUUUUUUUUUUAAUCUGAGAUUUCUUGGCAAAAGAUCCCACAAUUAACUAGCAUAAAAAUGUUUUUGAAAUUCAAAGUAGAUGUUCUUUUGAGGCUGUAAAUUCCAUUUGAGCAUGCCAAUUCGGCAGGGAUCGUGAGUAACUUAUUUCCGUCAGAAAAUGGACGAGGAGUGUUGAAGGAUCAAAUGUAAUGUGUCUUUGGUGCUUUUUUUUUCAUUCUUUUUGAGGAUAUACAUUCCUGUUCAACCAAAAUUAUAUUUUGGCUUCAUUUAGUUUGGUAAGUUAGUUUUUUUUUUUUUUUUUUUAUGGAUUGUCUGAGUCUGAAAGAUGAUCAACAACAGGUGUGGCAGAACCUGUCUCUCUCUCUCUCUCUCUCUCUCUCUCUCUCCCCUAACUGCUCAGCAAUGUUGUGAGGCCCUGCUCCCCGGUUCUAGUGUUUUACAGCCUGUUGCAUGAUGGUUUCUGUUGCCAGCAGAUAGCACCAGAGAUAUGAAUGUUCACAGUUAUCUACAUCUCACUGGUGCAAGCUGAGAAACUGCUGGGGCCAUCCUGUGUGAAUUGCAUGAUAAAACUUGCAAGUCUAAAUAAGGUCUACCCCCCCCCCCCCCCAGAUAUUUAAUAUCUUUUAGUGUUUAAUGAGGUUAAUACUCAGUAAACUAUGUACUAUAACUAUAUACUGUAAAUUCAUAUUCCAAUGCACUUGUUCUUGUUCUUUUUGAACAUUUGCUACUGCACACCAUGUAAACCACUAUUUGGUACAUAAUAUAGCCAUCACACAAGUGUAAGGUAAACUGUUAAUCUUUCCUGUUCCCUCGUCAUGCCAGUAGCAGCAACAGUUGUUCCUAUUGUUGCACAAACCUUGUUUGUUUAUUAAAUUUUGUGGUUGCUGUGUUUCAGCAUGUAGUGUUUACUGAAAUCAGAGAAGCAGUUUCCUUAGCCAUGGCACCAGGGUACAAACCACACACAAUAAUAAACAGUGCGUCGAAAUAGCCGAGUGAUAACAAAGUUCCAGGCCCGAGACAUGGUGGUGGUGACAACUCGGGCCAACAAACAGAGGUGAGAAAAACAGAAAAACAGUGCACCUAUGUCGUUGCUCCCAGACGUUUCCCAGAGUCCCCUUGAUUUAAAUGGAUGUCUGGAUCUUUACCAAAUCAGUCUAACAUUUGAAUAAGACACUCGGGAGUCUGCUGAACGGUGUCUCAGCUGUUCCAGUUGUUUCAGUCAGUUUCAGUCAGUCUCCUUUAGACACUUCUUGGUGUGCAGUCUCCAGGAAAUGCCCCUCAAUCUAGCUGAGUCCCGCCCAAUAAACACGGAUAAAUCCAUUAUCUCUGCUGUUUAGCUGUGGGAGUCAGAAAAGUCCCAACUAAAACAACACUAAAAUAGAUUAGUAGAUUAUGAAGUAUACAGUUCCCAAUUUGCAGGUUGCGAUGAGACGUUCCUUCUUAUCACCUGUCUUAAGAUAACAGACUCCAGGGAAGGUCACUUUUUGACAAGCAUUAAUGGAGAAUGAGCACUUAGCAUGUAGGACCUUCUCUGGAGAACUUCUCCCACUUGUCCCGCACUAACUGGCUUGCAACAUCAUUACUUUAAAGAGGAGUAAUGAAGGUGUUGCAUGGACGUAACCCCCUUUGCCCAGUCAGUUCGACGAUGUCUAGUAUGUUCUGAUCAAAGUGACAGCUUGCUAAAUGUGGCUACUGAAGGAGGAGGAGGGGGAGCAGGGAUUCUCUGCCAGUCUAAAUCGGUGUCAGUGACCUGUGUUUUAGUGCACGUGGCGUUGCCUCUGCAGAGAGGUCGGCUGACAUCGUCAAAACUGUGAACUUUGUACCCUCAGAGGAAUCUCUAUGUACUGUAUCGCUAGGUUUAGUCAGUGCUGUUGUCACAGACCUUAGGGAUAGACGUAAAUAUGGUGUCAUCAUACGUCAGUAUUUGCCAUGUGAAAAACAAGCUUUCCACUAUGUUGAUCUUUUUUUCUGUUUUUCUUUUUCAUGGAUUUACAGCAAAGUAAAUGCAGGGGUUGAAUGUCAUAACAAAUGUUCUCCAGGGCUGUUUUUUUUUUUUUUUUUUUAACCAGCAUUUCACUGUACAGCAUGCACAAAGCACAAACAUAAAUUUUGAUUCAUCGCAUGUACUCAGAAGUAACUGAAGCAUUGACAAUAUGUUAAUAAGUCACUGCUGGGUUAAAAAAAAAAAAAGGUCUGUAUUUAAGCCAUGUGUCAUUUUUAGAGGCGCCUUGCAAGUGAUGGUUUGCGUGUCCGCUAUGUAUUUGUAUUGAUGUGUUUGUGGAUUUUGGUGACAUUUCCUUUCAAAGUGAUCUGCUCUAGUACAAGUGGAAUAGUUUGUGAACUAUAUAUCCACAGUGCUCUCUCCUGGCAGUGGCCUCUCCUUGCACCUCAGCCGUCUCAGAGUAAUUAAUGGUUACUGUUUCAUCAAUACGCCUAUUUAAUAAGGAAUAUAAUUCAUGUCUUCACCUCCUCUUGCUGGAGGACACAACACAGUUAUGUGCAAUGAGUCUUGAAUGAUUAGCUGACACUACAACAUUCCAAGCACAGCUAAUGGUUGGGAACCAUAUACAAUGCCCAACGAUACACACAAUGUUCUCCCGACAAAGUCUGGCCUCAGACAACUGAUUUUAACCACUGGUCUGCUGAAAUUAAAUGUUUUGUUUUUUUUGUUUUUUGUUUUUUAAGAGUGGAUUCUGGGUUACAGACAAGUCUUACAGGGUGUAUUAAAAUGUGGCACAAUAUUUUCUGUGUAAAAGAACAUGAUCCGUGUCAUGGAUUGACGCAUUUUGAUAUGAUCAAGCUCAUAUAAUUACAGCAGCACUGUAUAGCACUUUCAUGAGACAUUUGCAGAACUUUUUAACAACCGAAUCUACGUCUGAGUUCAUGAACUAUAAAUAAACAAUGGCUGAAGAGUUAUGCCCAUUUAACUUGUACCAUAAUAUUUUUGUGGAAGUUCCUUUUCCUGUUUGUGACUCAAACUGAAGAUUCAUGAGAAAUGGUUGCUGUGGAAUCUCAGCACAGAUGUAAUCGCUGAAGGUGGACUAUUCUGAUGAAAUGACGUGUGUAAAUGUGAAUUUUCUAUAAAAUUUAAAUAUUGCUUCAGCUGUCAUAAGACAAAUAGACCUAUCAUAUGUGAACUUCUUUUCGUGGCCAGAGUGAAAAACGUUGUCACUCAGCUGAAUGUUUACUAAAUGUUUGCAAGCUAUUUUUCGCACGUUUUUUUUUUUUUUUUUUUUUUGUCACUGUUAAGGUAAUGAAGCCUGUUAGAACAUGUGGUGUCCUGUGGUAUUUAUGAAGAAGCAAAAGUGUCUGUGGCGUAACAUUUGUAUUGAAAUAAAUUAUGUACAUGUUGCAUGAAACGUC